AUGAGCCCUCAUGAUAUCCAAAUCCCAGUCCUGCCAGGCUUCCAUAUGCCAGGGCAUGCCAGGAACACUUCGGGCUAUAGAAUACCUGCACCACUCCCAGAGGACACUCCAGAUGAUGACCCGUUUAUCUCUCAUGUACCAUUCCCAGCUCCCAUAUUCCCAACUCGAGGUCGCCCAAAACGACAUGUUACAGAGGAGCAUCCUUUCCCAGCCAAGUGGACCCAUAAAAAUAAGGGUGUAUCUGGUCAGGCUCAACAAGAGUUACAAAACUGUUACUCACCAUGCUUGUCACUGGGUCAAGAAGCCCAAAACAUGACUCCUAUGGAACCGCUAUCACCGUCAAAAAGAUUGACUAAUAUAAAUCCACAGACCAAAUCCUCACCUUUUUCUGAUGUUUGUGGCAUGUGGCAAACUGUUCAGAUUGACAUGGCCAAUGUCCUGCAAUCAACCACAGGAAAGUUUGAUGGGGGUCUUAGAUGUGCUAUGUGUUACAGCUCAGCAAUACAAAAAAUUAACGCCAGUACUAACUUGCCUAAGCUUGGAUCACUGGCCAUAGUUGAGCUAGUUCUGUCAAUCCUAAAAUCCCAUGGUCUCACUCUCGGGCAGUUUCUUGUUACGAUGUUCGGAGAUCCUAUGGGUUUGAGUGCCUCAGCCAGAAAGUCUAUAUGGUGGUUCAUUGGGGGACGUACCAAAAGUGCUCACCCAGUAGAUGUUGUCAACGCAAUAUACACACAUCCUUGGGUGCGACCUAAUCAGUCCUACGAGCCAAAACAUGUUCCACUACCAGAAUAUGCCCUGCCAUUGGACUACUCUCUUCCAGAAACUAUUCCAGUGGAAGAUGAGAACACUUAUAUGGAGUUGCAGUCUUACUUUGUAGCACGAGUUAUUGAUUGGAUGGAAGUGGAGGUCAAGCGGCUUGUCAAACAUCCUUACCUGAGGACAACAGACCCAACAACCACUGAGUUCAGCUGGGAUACAGUACUAGAUUUCUCAGCAAGUGCAGUACAGCAGAUGUCCAUGGAGGUUUCACCGGUGAUAUGGACAAUGUUGACAUGUAUUGCUGUUGGGGAUGAACGAGCAACUAAGCUAAAGGACACAAAAUCCCAAGAUAGCGAGAUAGGACUGGGGUCAAACCAUGUAUGCGAUCCUUAUUUGGGGUGCUCUAUUGUGCUAUUGAUGCUCAUAUACUUUCGCAACAAAAACCUAAAUAAGUUUCAAUCAAUUAUGGGCAUACUUAUGUUCUCUGAGAACACAGAGAAGUCACUUCAGUCUAUUGUCAGUCAGGUAGGACUGGCAGUUGUGUACAGUUCAACCCUUCGACGGCUCUACUCAAUGAGUACGGUUGCUUCCGAGAAGAUUCGCCACAUAGGGUCCCAGUGGGUGGAUAGGUUGGCCUCUUUCCAUGUUGUCUAUGAUAAUAUCAAUCAGUACCACAAAAAUUGGCGCCCUUCCCUUGCUUCACAAACAUCACUUGAAAGCGGUACUGCUGCAACCUUAAUCAUGCAACCCGGAGUUGCAUCAGAUGCCUUUGAUGGCAUCGAGUAUGAAUUGCGUCAACGAUGCAUCAAACGCGAGGAUGUCACGCUGUCAAAAGUCUGGAAUGACAUCAACCAGGAGCACCUCGAAAAUACCUGUGUCGUUAAUAUACUCUGCAUCUUACUCAAGCAUGUACCAGGACUCAAGCGCCACGAAAGGGACUUUGACAAAUUCCGCCAAGCUUUUGCUAUUCACCCUACACCACUGCAGAAAGCAGAGGUCAUCCCACUGGAGACAUCCGGAUUUGAUGAGGCCACUACAGUUGGGAACAGGAACACAAUCCGCGAUAUUGUGGGAAGACAGCUGGGCAUUGCACCUGAAGCACUUGAUGGGCGAUUAAUUCCUUUCUCAGGAGACCAAGCCACAAUUUCACACCUUCGAACUUUGAAGCCACACACAUCCUCAGGCACAACCUGGUUCUCUUCCAACCGUUACAUCCUACCUCUCAUUGAGAUUUGGCAUAUGAAGUUUGCCAUGCUGAAGGGAAUUGUCAAGGCCCAUUGGCCUGAACAAACUGAGAAGGGUGAUAUUGGUCUUCGCUUUGCCGCUGAUAAACUUCGCCGAAACCUGAACCCACACAAAGUUGACUUCUAUCCCAUGGAAAGAUUGGUUGAAGUCAUACUUACAGCAAUGACACUCAAUUAUUUCAGCUUCAAGGAUCUGUGUCAUAUCCAUACAAUCCCGACCUCCGCUCCGGGCUCCCGGAACUCCGAACUCCGACUUCCGGAGCCCUACUUCCCUUCCAUCACCUUCUCCUUGCCGACUCCCAAGAGGUUAUCCCACCUCUGGCUCGGACACCACCUUUGGUCCGACUCCGGAACAUUCCGGGUCCGACCCCAACCUCGACACCUUCCAGACGAGUACGCAACACCUAUGUCCCCGACUCCGGACCUCCGCUCCGGAAUCCCGUUGGCGUCUCCAUCUCCGGAACCUCCGGUCUUAGCUCCGACCUCGGACUUUGACCCCACCUCCGCUUAUACCCAUUGUAUUGGUUAG